AUGGAAAUUGAGAUUACCCAUAUAUCAAAUCAAUUCAUUAAUGGUAUAUUUCGGCCUAAGGAAGUGAAUACAUGGGCACAAUUCACAGCAAUUUAUGCAAACCCAAACGGGUCUAAAAGGAAACAUCUAUGGAGCCAACUAGAGGCACUAGCACCAAAUGAUAAUACACCUUGGAUCCUGGGGGGAGAUCUCAACGUGAUAUUAGACGUAGAUGAAAGAAGAGGAGGUGCGACGACACACACAAAUGGAAGCCGAUUAUUCGCCAAUUUCAUGCAUUCUACUGGAUUAUUAGAUUUAGGAUUCCAUGGUCCACCAUUUACAUGGAAUCGUGGGAACCUACAACAAAGACUAGAUCGUUGCCUCGGAAACACAAAAUGGAUUUCAACAUUUCCAAACUCACAGGUACUGCAUCUAGAUCGAAUUGGUUCAGAUCAUCGACCCCUUCUCCUAAGGCUGACAACAGACAAACAAGAUCAUAAAAAUCGACCAUUCCGCUUCAUAGCAGCAUGGCAGGAACACCAUGAGUUUAAAGACUUUAUCAAAUCCAUAUGGAAAGAAAACGGGGAACUAAACGAAAAUAUUAGCACAUUCAAAACUGAAGUGGAAAAAUGGAACUCAGACGUCUUUGGUCAUAUAGGAAAAAGGAAAAAAAUCUUAUUGGCACGACUGAGAGGAAUAGACAAAGCUCUACAAAGAACACACUCAGAAUUUCUGGUAGAGUUGGAUAAACAAUUACGGACAGAACUCGACACUGUACUAGACCAGGAGGAGAGUCUGUGGAGACAAAAAGCACGGAAAAAAUGGAUACUGGAAGGGGAUCGAAACACUGCAUUCUAUCAUGACAAGAAGAAGAGCAAACAAAAUCAAAACCUUAAAACGCGAAGCUGGCAGUUGGAGUACUGA